GGACGCCGAAUAUGUCAAAAUGAACUUGAGCGUUUUCUCCUGUGGUGCCAGGGUCUGGACGUCGCAGAUGGCAGGCUCGAUGAGGUCCUGUCGCGCUCAAAGGAACUUCAUCGCCAGGUUCUAUCGCUUCUUCUCCGUCUCGGGACUUCUAUUCUUCAGGCCAUGUCUCAAGCUUCAGUUGAGCCGUCUCAGCUCCAGCUUGAUGAUUGCGACCAUCUUAGGGCCUUGCUGGACGUGGCUGAGACUAUGCUCAAAGGCUCAGGCUUGGACGAGCACGAGAGGCCCGAUACUCCAUUAGAGUCUGAUGAGUCAAAUUACGGGAUGGUGGAGAGCAUAGAGGAAAUCUCUGCCUAUGUUGAUUGCCUUCUCGAUUUGGCCCCCGCUUUGGACAACCCAGUCCUAGAUAUACAGACGGACGACUCCAAUGAGCCUCUUUCUGGUACGAAGGAGUCGUUCACCACCUCCUGUGAAGAGGCUUUGAUCUAUUGCCGCAAGAUCCGAGACCGUUUUGACCCACUCCCUAGAUAUCUCGUGGAGCGCCUUGCCGAAGCAAACGUUGUCCGGGCAGCCAAGAUACGCGAAAUGCAACAUCAGGUCGUUUCAAAGGAACCCCCAAUCAAUGACACUGUCACCGAAAGCCUCUUCACUGGAAGACUUCCCCAGAUCACGGAAACUACAAAGUCUUCUGUCCCUCCCCCGUCCGUCUUCUCGUCAGCCUUGGUCUCGAGGCAUGUGUUCAAUGAUUUGAACCCAUAUAUGUGCACUAUCGAACACUGCCAGAUGGGUGGUACACUCUACAAACACAGUAGGACGUGGGCCUUGCAUGAGUCAGCCCACGUAACAGCUGCUUUCAGGUCCGUCGAGUGCACUUUCUGCUCUGCAACCUACCAGAGACUCGAUGACGCUUAUUACAAACAUGUGUCUGGUCACCUCCGAGAGGUCUCGUUGUCAGUUCUGCCACAAACGAUCGACAAUGACGCCGAAUCUGGCACAGACGACUCCGAA